CGGGGAGGGCUGGAGGACGUGGGGCUGCGCCCGGAUCUCCCUCCUUGGGUGCGGGUGAGAACCGCGAAUCUCAAAAAAUUUAAUCAGAAAACAUAGAGAAGCAACAAAGAGCCCCCGCCUCCUCAAAAAAACACCCCACCCCACCCCAUAUCCACCGAAGGUAACCAAGGCUGUUGUCCUCGCAGGAGAGGGUUUCCAGGUCCACAGAAGCGAUGCUGUUGGGCUGUCGCUCUAUAUCCUGCGCGGUGCCCCGCCCCGUAAGGUGUCACCGAGUUCUGCUGAUAAAAGGACCGGAACCUGCAGGGUCAAGGCCUCUGUUCUGGACUUGGGAGGCCCCAUCGCUUUCUCCCGGAGCGUGGCGCGCCGCAGAGGAGAAACCUUGGCCGUUUUCCUGGAGGUUCCACCAAGAUACCGUCUGCGCUGCUUUGGCUGUGGACCCCAGCCUUUGGGCAGGUGCGGUACAUACAGAGGCCCCUCUUGCCUUGCCAAUAGUGGCUUGUUGUGUUGGCACCAACGUGGAGGACAUUUCAGGUAAGAAUAGGACAAGUGCCCAGAAGAUGAGUCUCAAGACUGAUUUGGAAACAAACUUUGCUGAGUGUGUUUUAGACGCAGGAAAAGUCAUCCUUGGGAAUAAGCAAAGGAGUGAAAUGAACCCUCAACUGCAGGAGAAACAGAAUAAAGUCAUCUUGCAUGCAAUAUGUGCCCUGAUGAAUUCUGGUGGGGGAGUGGUCAAGGCUGAGAUUGAGAACAAAGAGUACAAUUAUGAAAUUCAUGGAGUAGGGUUGCAUCUGCCUUCCAUUUUCAAUGGCUAUUUAGACGAGAUGCAGCAGGGAGACCUCUUUUUGAUUUUUGUGAAAUCAUGGAACGCAGAGGCCUCUGGUGUACGGCUUGCUACCUUGUGCUCCAAUUUGUACUACAGACAUAGAACAUCUACCAAUGUCAUGAAUUCUCACGAAGCACUGGCAUUCCUCAAAGAGAAGACUCAGACUCUUAGGAAUAUUAAUUAUUCCUAUUUAAGUCCACAGAAAGUUCGGGUUGGUGUACAAAAUGAAGGUAACAUAAAGGCCUCAGCCGCUGCUUUAUUUGACAGAGCUCAACUUCAGUACCUGGAAAAGCUCAACUUUACUAAUUCCACGCAUGUUGAAUUUAAAAUGUUGUCAACAGAGGUGUCACAAUGCUUUAAAGAGAGUCUCCCCAGUUGUGUUUCUGCGUUUGCAAACACUGAAGGAGGGUUUGUAUUUUUUGGUGUGCAUGAUGAGACCCAUCAAGUCAUUGGAUGUAAAAAAGAGAGACUAGAUCUUACCGCCUUGAGGGCUUCUAUUGAUCACUGUAUUAAGAAAUUACCUGUCCAUCAUUUCUGUACACAGAAGCGUGAGAUAAAAUAUGCCGUCAAAUUCCUUGAAGUACACAAUCAGGGUGCCCUCCAUGGAUAUGUCUGUGCUGUCAAGGUGGAACCAUUCUGCUGUGCAGUGUUUGCUGAAGUGCCUAGUUCCUGGCAGGUGAAGGACAAUCAUGUGAGACAGCUGAGCACAAAGGAAUGGGUAGCUUGGAUGACGGAAGCCGACCCAGAUCUUUCCAGAUUUUCUGAGAUGGUCCUUGCGCUGAGCUUGUCAACCACGACACCCUGCAGCAGGAGUGUGUGCAUUCAUAAGAAUUUGGAAUGUCUGGAAGAACAGCAAAAACGUUACUUUCCAGUAUUUUCAGACAGAGUGGUGUAUACUCCAGACAGCCUCUACAAAGAAUUGAUCUCACAACAUAAAGGACUCAGAGACUUAAUCAAUAGAGAAAUGCGCUCUGUCUCUCGAGGAAUCUUGAUUUUUUCUCGAAGCUGGGCUGUGGACUUGGGUCUGCCAGAGAAGCAGGGAGUAAUCUGCGAUGCUCUUCUACUUUCCCAGAACAACAUCCUGCUCCUCUACACCAUCCUCAGUGAGUGCGAUGAGGGCUGGAAGGACUAUUCUCUGCGAGUCGCCUGUUCCUUAAAGCUGAAGCUGGUGAACACAGGUGGCUACACUGGGAAACUGUGCAUCACUCCCUUGGUCUUCCUGUUGAAUCCUGAUAGAACCGCAAACGCCCUUCAUGGUUCUGAUUUGCAAAUUUACCCCGAGUCCUACAACCUUACGACCACCCAGCACAUGGAAGCUCUGUUACAGUCCCUUGUGAUAGUCCUGCUUGGGUUCAGAUCUUUCUUAAGUGAAGAGCUGGGCUCUGAGGUUUUGAACCUACUCACAGAUAAACAGUAUGAGUUGCUUUCAAAGAACCUUCGCAAGACCAGAGAGCUGUUUGUUCACGGCUUACCUGGAUCAGGGAAGACCAUCCUGGCUCUUAGGAUCAUGGAGAAGAUCAGGAAUGUGUUUGGCUGUCAACCAGGUGACAUUCUCUACGUCUGUGAGAACCAGCCCCUGAUGAAGUUUGUGAGCAAGAAAAAUAUCUGCCAGGCAGUGACCCGGAAAACCUUCAUGAAAAAUAACUUUGAAAGGACUCAACACAUCAUCAUCGAUGAAGCUCAGAAUUUCCGCACUGAAGAUGGGGACUGGUAUGAGAAGGCAAGAACCAUCACUCGGAGAGAAAACGGUAACCGAGGAAUUCUCUGGAUCUUUCUGGACUACUUUCAGACCAGCCACUUGAGUUGCAACGGCCUGCCCCAUUUCUUAGACCAGGAUCCAAAAGAAGAGCUCACCAGAGUGGUCCGCAAUGCAGAUCCAAUAGCCAACUACCUACAAAAAGUAAUGCAGGAGGUCACAGAAAAUCCUCCACCUAACAUCCCCCCUGCAUGCCUGGAGAUGGUCCAUGAAGCUAAAUGGGUUCAGGGUGUCCCAGGCAAUUUCCAGAUUGUGGAGUGCUCGGACUUGGAGGAGAUGGUGGUCCAGCUAGCAGAGAGGUGCCAGUUUCUCUUGAGGAAUGCUUAUUCCCCCAAGGAUAUUGCUGUGCUUUUCAGCAAAGCAAGUGAAGUGGAAAUAUAUAAAGAGAAGCUUCUAAGAGCAAUGAGGAGGAGAAGAAUGUCUCAGCUCGAUGAGGGAAAUGAUCUGUUAGUACGGAUCAAGGACGCGACAGAUAUGGCGGGCAAUCACAUCGUGUUAGACAGUGUCCGUCGAUUUUCGGGCCUGGAAAGAAACAUCGUGUUUGGCGUCAAUCCAGUGGCAGCUGAGCCAGCUGUUUCCCACAAUCUUCUGCUCUGUCUAGCUUCCAGGGCAAAGAAACAUCUGUAUAUUCUGAAAGUUUCUAUCUGACAAGAAGAUCCCGGUCUAAGAAACAAUUAGGUAGCUCUCAUCUCUAGUUAACUGUGAAACUAUUGGAUCUAAACAUUUAAUCAUCAAAUGUUUAAUGAGCACUCAUUGUGAGCCACAUACUCUUCUAGGUGCUGGGGGUUGGGGAUAGCAAAUGAGACAGACAAGAUUCCUUCUUUGGAGCAGAGGCAGAUCACAGACAAGUAAACAGAUAGAAGGAAUUUUAGAUAGUAAUGAGACAUCAUAGUACUAAUUAGAGGCGCUGAGUUGCAGAGAUUGUGCGUGUGUGUGUGUGCGCGCGCGCGCGCACGUGCAUGAGUAGGUAGGUAGGUAGGUAGAGGGAGGGGUUAUUCAGGGCAGUCAGGGAAGCCUCCGUGAGGGAAGAAGUCACGAGAAGAUCUUUGAGCCAAGAGUGCCAGGCAGACUCAGAUAUUUUCAUUAGUUUAACACAGCUGUGGUGCAAAAUUGCUUGAGUGCGAUGUCCUGGGAGAGUAUGAAGGAUGGAGAAGGGUAGCGUUUCUGGCCUUUUAUGGGCCAAGAGUGGUUGUGAUAUGUUUCAAAAUGUAAGAUCAGAAGGUGCAAGUUAUAAUUUUUUGGAAGACCACAUUACAUUACUUCAUUAUUUUCCAUGUUCUUUCUUUUAAUGGCAUUAGUAUUUUUGAUCACUAUGUUUUAAAAUACUUUGUGUGUGCCUUUUGGUUAUUUGGCAUCUCAGCUCUUUAGCUCUGCUUUAAUAUUGUACCUGUGGAGAAUCUUAGGUUACUACACAAAGGUAAGAUGGCCACAGUUCCCCAGGGAGACAUAUUGUGUUUUAUUCAUUAAUUUUAAAAUGAAAGGGUCUUCAAGAGGAUGAAUUACUGGACUCAAAGGUUACAUUUUAUUUUUUAUUUAAUUUAAUAAGCAAUGAAAUGAUAAAGUAAAUCCAAUAUCUUUGUUCUGCUGAGUCUUCGGGGUUUCAAGGAGUCUCUCAAAGGCUAUUGCUGCAGAAGUGCAAACUCCUUGUGUGCCAUAGGUCUCUCAGAAAUUCUCCCAAUAUUUCAAGCCAAACAAAUCUCUCUUUUCUGAGGGACAGAAACUAAAAAAUUCAGAGAGUUAAUUCUCUAUUGAAUACAGAAAGACUCUACUAUUUCCUAAGAAUAGAGAAAUUUAAAUCUCAUUGUAAGGAGUAUGAACUUGAAGCUAGAAUUGAUUAUUUUUGGCAGCUGGUUACAAUAUUAGAACUUCUAAAAUUUUAAGACAUGCCCAUGCGAAAGCAUGGAAUUAAUCUAUUGUGAAAUGAUUUAUAACUAACUUGAAAUAUAUUGCAAAUCACUUACUCUAGGAUAGUAUAGAGAGAGAUAUUUAAAAUAAAAUGAUUAAUAUAAAAAUUGGCAAUUCUCAAUAAAGAGCUGAAAAAAUUCAGAUCAUAGACUCUCCCUUUACCAACACCUAAAAGAAUAAGCAAAAUUAGUAAAACUACAGCCAAAAGUUUACCAGCUAGAGAGAAGCAAAGAAUGGAGCUCAACCUCAUGCCAUAAACAUCUGAUAGCUGUAUAUUGACAUAAAAAAUAGAAUAAAAAAGAGUAAUAUAAAGUCAUAGCUACUAUCUCACCUGCCCAAAGCAGUACUGAAUAAAGAGGGUACAUGAAAGAAAGAAAACCAGAAUUCUCAUUAAUAUGACCAAUUUCAAGAGUGGCAGCUGAGGCAUUGAGUAGGUGGCCCAGGGAAACACAAGGAGACCCUCAAGAGUAGAAGUCCCUGACUGUCCUUGAGGACUCUCUAUAGGGAUAGGAAGUGUUUUUUAGGGUUUCAUGUGACUACAAUGAAGGAGGAAAAGCACACAGGAAUAGGAAAGAGCCCCUUGGUAUAGUGGAGUUAAUGGAAUCUCAUAGGCAACUAUCAAGAGUACAAGCCAGGCUAACAGUGAGGGCCUCAUAUAACACAAAAUCAGAUCAGGCUACAGAAAAGUACAUGAAAGAUUCCACCCAGACCUCCACCUAUACACUGGAGAGGAAGACAAACAAGUUCUACUUUAUAAAAGAAAGUUGUCAAAGAGAGUCCUUUCGUACCAUCUUAAAGUACAUAGAAAGACUAUACUGAGCUGCUCUUAUUAAGCAUUAGAAAGAUAAGUGGCACGAUAACCAGACACAAAGACUAUAGGGAAAAAUGUGAAAAAGAAACAUCAUAUGAGCCAGAUGAAGAGCCUACCCUGAAAGGAAGUAUAACUCCAGGGACAAAAGUAAACUCCCACAAGUGUCUCAUGCUAUAGAAGAAUUUGAGAAGUCCGUAAAUUCAAUAAAACAAGAGUUGAAAGACAAAAUGAUAAAGCAGUGAAAAGAGUUGAAUAGGGGUAUUGCUAAGGAAACAGAUUGUGAAACAUUACAGAGGAAAAAUAAGUUAGAAACAACAAGAAAUUGAAAACUCAAUUUGUGCCAUAUAGGAAGCCUUAAGAUAGUCACACAAACGGAGAGAAAUAAGACAAAUAUUAAGGUAAUUAUAAAGAAGAUAUAUCUGGAGUAAAAUGAUCCACUAAGAAUGGAUAUGAAGUACAGAACUAAAUAAAUGGCACAGGAAAAAAUUCUAAGAUAUAAUAUAGGAAAUUUUUCCUAAAAUAAAUCCUCAGAUUGAAAGAAUUCUAAACAAUCCGAGCAGAAAAAUCUAACUAUCUGUGUGAAGGAUCAUGCCAGCUUCUGAUUUCUCCAGAGAAAUAUUCAAUACAGGAAGACAAUGGAUGUGUUGCAUUUUUAUUUUCAUUCAGUUGCUUUUUAAUCCAACUUGACAAUUUCUGCCCUUUAAUUGAGGUGUUUAUUUCAUUUUAAAUGUUUUAUUUUGAAAUACUUAGAGAUUCAUAGGAAGUUGCAAAGGUAGUAGAGAGUAGUACAGAAGGAUCCCCUGUUUCCUUCACCCACUUUCUAAACCAUUUAUUUUUAGUGGGAUUAUUGUUAUCUUUGGGUUUUAAUCUACCCUAUUGCAAAUUUUUUCUAUUUUCUCAUCUAUAUUCUUUGUUUCCUUUUUUCCUCUUUUUCUGCAUCCU